GUACAUGUACGCGUCCGAAGCAGCAGACACGCCGUCACACGAUUGUCGCCGUUGUCAUCUUUGCAAGUGAGCUUGAUUGUCGAUGUGUACAUUGUGCACUCAGGUCGUCACUCGCAGCAACGCUGUUGUGCAGCCCGCCACACGCGGAGUCUUCUGCACUCGGCGAUGCCCACGUCGACAGUACGACUUUCGGCGAUGGCCAUGAAUGGGGGGCCGGGACGUGACACACUGAGCAAGGCGGAGAGGACGGCGGUGGCAGCGGUCGUGAACGCCAUCCUCUUUCAGUGUCAAUUGCAAAGGGGCGAGAGAAGGAUGAGAGCGGCCAUUCGCGCACGGCGGAAGAGGACGCUGCAGUCCACGAAUUUGGAAGGGGAGGACAGUGGUGCCAUUUGCGACGCCGUGCUGCAAGUGUGCUACCCCAUGGGGUGUGGAGCAUUCCCCAGAGCGACCCCCAAGUGGUGGGCGUCGGGGGAGACGUACAAGAAUGGGGCAUGCAAAUUCGGCAUUGGCAGAUCUUCCGGGUUGGUGGUUGUGCGGGAUGUAACUACGGCGUUGCUGAGUGGGAACUUCGACAAGAUAUCCUGGUCGACGGGUCUACAGAAGGCGGUCGUCUUGCGUGCUUUCACUGACAAGGGUUUCCUUAACUGCCAUGGGUGCAUCGACUGCAUCCACAUCUUCAUCGACAAGCCAGCGAAUUGCCCCGGGGAGGACUACUACGAUAGAAAACGCCGUUUCUCCGUCCAGGCGCAGGUCGUCGCCGAUUUGAACUUGCGUGUGUUGGAUGUGUUUGUCGGUUAUCCGGGAAGUAGCCACGACGUGAGGAUCGUCCACCUGUCCAGUUUAUGGGCGCUCGCGGAGGCAGGGGAGUUUUUCACUAGGCCACCUGUCAUGCUAUCUUUCGGUGUGCAGACAAACGGCUAUCUGCUCGGGGAUAAUGGUUAUCCGCCCUCCGAAUGGGUAGUCGUCCCCUACGACGGUCUCUCACAAACCCCGUCGGAGUUGCGUUUCGACAACAAGCAGAAGACGGCGAGGGGAGUAGUUGAGAGGGCUUUCGGCAGACUGAAGGGGAUGUGGAGGUUGUUCCUUUGCUCCCACAAGACGAACAUGGAGACGUUGCCGCAGCAGUUCGUCACCGUCUGCAUUAUGCACAACAUACUCAUCGACGCGGGCAUUCCCUUCGAUAACAAUCUACUGUGGGAGGUUGGCCCGGACGGUGUGCGUCGCAGGGUGGAUCUUGGGAUGGAGCGUCCCUUGAGGCCGAUGCGUAUGGAGUCGUCGACAGGGGAUGCGCUCAUUCUACGAGACGUACUGGUGGAGCGAAUGGGUGCGCAGUGAACACGGCCAGGCGUGCGGAGCAGUCGGCUGCGAUGACGUGGUUAUGGCAUAAAAUCAUAUCGGGCGUCUGAUCCUGGAAGGGGUGGUCGUCUGAGUUGGGGUCGCUGUGUGUGCGGGGCCGUUUGACGGAAUUGGCGAGUUGAAGCAAUGGUGCCUGUGGGUUGUCGUGCGCGGGGCGACGUGUGUCGGCAGUUUCUUACCGUUUUGUUUCGCAUUGCGCGCCCUUAAGGAGGGUGUCCGCACCUGGGGUUGAUGGCGAUGGCACAGUCCAACGCGUAGUCGACGGGGGCGACGUGGCGCGCGUGCAUGUGCCGAUCGUAGUUGUCGUGUGGUGUGGUGUCACUGCGGGUGACAUGUCUGGGUGACAUAGUCGAGUCUUCAUCGUGCGUUCUGUUUUCCAAAACUUUGGAUUAAAGUUGCCUUCAAGGCCAUUAUUUUUUGCAAAGUGUGUCUUCAUUCACUGUUUUCUUUGUACGAGACACAACAAUCUAGUUUCUUACUUAUCGUGUAAAUUAUUAAUGUUGCGUGGCUUGUCUUCUUCUUUGUGGACGAAUGAAAAGUACAUAAUUGC